GUUUGGGCUACUUGCUUUACUUACUGCUGAAACUGCAUAAGCAGAUUUGUACUUAACCAUGGCCGAAGACUUGGUCGCGUUCGCGAAGGCGACACUUCAGCCGGUGCUAGAGAUCGCUUCGCUGGGCGACCUCUACAGCUUUUACAAGAAGGUCCCUGUGCAGUAUGCCCUCAUCGGUCACUGCCUGUUUGUGGCGACGAUGGCGCCGGACUUCAAGAAGUCCUUCCUCGUGCACUUUUGGUUGACCUUUCUGGCUGGCUUUGGCGGCGGUGUGUUCUCCUCUCUCCUGAUGAUGGACCCCGUCAACGCGCCCAUAAGCCUGUUUGCCAGCAACAGCCUUGGCGUCACGUGGUUCAUAUGCUGGUGGUUGAUGACCUACGCGCCGUUCGGCGUCUUUGAGCGUGUCCACUCCAUCCCUCCCAUGAAGGCGCUGACGAAGCUGUGUGUGACGUUCAUGCGCGCUAACCUCAUCAUCAGCCGGGUGGACUUGGCGGUCACCAAGUACCCGGGCGUUAUCGCUGCGCCCCUGAUCCUGGGCACCAUUGCGGGCGCGGGCGGCAAGCUCAUCACGGACGGCAUCCGGGGCGGCUGGGGCGCGCUGCCUGGCUCGGCGGAAGCCACCGCGCCCACAUUCGUCUGGCGCAGCGCUGCGCUGGCGGCCGCGGGCUACUGGGGCGUGUGCAAGUACACCAACCUGCUCAGCAGCCAGGAGGCAGCAGCAGUGGUAAUCACCGUGCUGCUGCUACACAGCAUUUUCAGCGACCUGGUGGGCCCUGCCGCCGCUGACUUUACCUACCCCGUUGCUCGGUUGGCGCACGCCGUCACGCUGGUGCCGAUGCCCAGCGUUGCCGCUGCCGGCUUGGCCGCCUCCUCCAAGGCCGCCAAGAAGGCCGCUGAGCAGCAGCAGGCCAAGGCCGCGGCCAAGACCACCACCGCUCAGCCUGCUGUCAGCGCUGCUAGCAGCGGUGCUGCGGCCAAACAGUCAUUGGCCGCUGUAGCGCCUACCAAGUCUUCUACAGGAAAGAACAACGUCAAUGGUGUCUCUCUCAAGGCCGAUAGCAGCACUGCGAAGAACGGCAAGCAGGAGAGCAAGAAGAAGAAGUGAGCAAGCAAUGCAGCGAGUGUCCUUCUGUGUUGAGCCAUGGUGCUCCUGGAGGAGAUGAAUCAGACAGCCUGUGGUGCAGGCUUGGUGUUGGAGUGAUCAUAGUGUCGUACGCGGGGUGCGUUCGUUAUUGAAAGUACGUUGCAUCACGCCCUGUCAAGGACACAAGCAAGCUGGGCGCUGAAGGUACAGGCACGUGCAGGACAUUCCGCCGCAUGAUAUUUGAGAGUAUGCACUCCGUUACAAUGUUUUUGCGAACACUUGUUGCCAGCCAGAGUGAUAUGCAUUUGGCACUCCGUUACAAUGUUUUUGCGCACACUUGUUGCCAGCCAGAGUGAUAUGCAUUUGAGAGGUGUUUGGCGAGGAUGUUCAGACACACGGCCUGAAUUGGAGCUGCUCCUAGCUGCUGAAGGCGGGCUGUGAUGUCCUCUGAUGUAGGGGGCGGUAUAUUUUAUAUAUGGAGGGGCUGAGAGCGUGGGGAAUCCAGGGGAGACCUGUUUGUGGUCGCCCCCCAGACCCCCUGCACAGGGAUCGAGGCCCGAUGUACGGCGGAGGUAUUACAGCCGGACUGCGCAUUAACGCGCUGGCAAGAUUCUCGACGGGUUGGCCUCUUAUGAAUGCGGAUGUUACAGAGGGGACAGUCCC